CCACCACUGGUCCAAGCGAUUUUCAGUGGCGAUCCAGAAGAGAUACGGAUGUUAAUCUACAAAACUGAGGAUGUCAACGCCUUGGAUGCCGAGAAACGAACUCCUCUUCACGUUGCAUCGUUCCUGGGAGAUGCAGACAUCAUUGAGCUUCUCAUUUUGUCAGGCGCUCGUGUUAAUGCCAAGGACAAUAUGUGGCUGACUCCUCUCCAUCGAGCUGUUGCUUCAAGAAGUGAAGAAGCAGUGCAAAUAUUGAUUAAGCACUCGGCUGAUGUCAACGCUCGGGACAAGAACUGGCAGACUCCAUUGCACGUGGCAGCAGCAAACAAGGCAGUGAAGUGUGCAGAAGUCAUCAUCCCCAUGCUGAGCAGUGUCAAUGUUUCUGACCGAGGGGGGCGGACAGCAUUGCACCAUGCAGCUCUGAAUGGCCACAUUGAAAUGGUGAACUUGCUCUUAGCCAAGGGGGCAAACAUCAAUGCUUUUGACAAAAAGGACAGAAGAGCUCUUCACUGGGCAGCGUACAUGGGUCACCUGGAAGUUGUUGCCUUACUAAUUAAUCAUGGUGCAGAAGUGACUUGUAAAGACAAGAAGGGUUACACCCCGCUUCAUGCAGCUGCAUCCAAUGGGCAGAUUAACAUUGUGAAACAUCUCCUUAACCUGGGGGUAGAGAUUGAUGAAAUGAACAUCUAUGGAAAUACUGCACUUCACAUUGCCUGUUACAAUGGUCAGGAUUCUGUUGUUAAUGAGCUGAUUGACUAUGGUGCUAAUGUAAAUCAGCUUAAUAAUAAUGGAUUCACUCCCUUGCAUUUUGCUGCUGCCUCCACUCAUGGAGCACUGUGUCUUGAACUACUCGUGAAUAAUGGGGCAGAUGUUAACAUUCAGAGUAAGGAUGGGAAGAGCCCACUGCACAUGACAGCUGUCCAUGGGAGGUUCACGCGGUCGCAGACCCUCAUUCAGAACGGAGGGGAAAUCGACUGUGUCGAUAAAGAUGGUAACACCCCUCUGCAUGUGGCUGCAAGAUAUGGACAUGAGCUUUUGAUUAACACUCUCAUAACCAGCGGAGCUGAUACUGCCAAGUGUGGGAUCCACAACAUGUUCCCUUUACACUUAGCAGCCCUGAAUGCUCACUCAGACUGCUGCAGGAAACUGUUGUCAUCGGGCUUUGAAAUAGACACCCCUGAUAGUUUUGGAAGAACGUGCCUCCACGCUGCCGCUGCAGGAGGUAAUGUUGAAUGUAUAAAGCUCUUGCAAAGCAGUGGAGCAGAUUUUAAUAAGAAGGACAAAUGUGGGAGGACACCUUUGCACUAUGCAGCUGCAAAUUGUCAUUUCCACUGUAUUGAGACACUGGUGACAACAGGAGCCAGUAUUAAUGAAACAGAUGACUGGGGACGCACCCCUUUGCACUAUGCUGCUGCCUCUGACAUGGACCGAAAAAAGAAUAUUUUAGGUAACUCCCAUGAAAAUGCUGAAGAACUUGAAAGAGCCAGUGAGAUGAAGGAAAAAGAAGCUGCAUUGUGUCUAGAGUUCCUUCUACAAAAUGAUGCCAAUCCAUCCAUCCAAGACAAAGAGGGGUACAACACUGUGCAUUAUGCUGCUGCAUAUGGGCACCGGCAGUGUUUGGAACUGCUUCUGGAAAAAAACAACAAUAUGUUUGAGGAAUCUGAUUCUGCAGCCACGAAAAGUCCUUUGCAUUUAGCUGCCUAUAAUGGUCAUCAUCAAGCCUUGGAGGUACUUCUCCAGUCUCUGGUAGAUCUGGAUAUUAAGGAUGAGAAGGGACGCACUGCUUUGGACCUGGCUGCUUUUAAAGGACAUGCAGAGUGCGUGGAAGCUCUCAUCAGCCAGGGUGCUUCUGUCACUGUAAAAGAUAAUGUCACCAAAAGGACCCCCCUCCACGCUUCAGUCAUUAAUGGCCAUACACCUUGUUUACGGUUGUUGCUAGAAGUUGCAGACAACCCUGACGUGACAGACGCCAAAGGACAAACCCCACUAAUGCUUGCGGUGGCAUAUGGGCACAUUGAUGCUGUUUCUUUAUUACUUGAAAAAGAAGCAUCUGUAGAUGCAGCUGAUCUCCUGGGAUGCACAGCUUUACAUCGUGGGAUUAUGACUGGGCAUGAAGAGUGUGUUCAGAUGCUGUUAGAGAAAGAAGUAUCUAUUUUAUGUAAAGAUGCCAGAGGCAGAACGCCUCUGCACUUUGCAGCAGCUCGGGGUCAUGCCACUUGGCUGAGUGAAUUACUGCAGAUAGCACUUUCAGAGGAAGACUGCAGUUUGAAAGAUAAUCAAGGUUAUACACCGCUGCACUGGGCUUGUUACAAUGGUCAUGAAAACUGCAUAGAGGUACUAUUGGAACAAAAAUUUUUCCGCACAUUCUAUGGUAAUAGCUUCUCUCCUUUGCACUGUGCCGUAAUCAAUGAUCAUGAAAACUGUGCAUCACUGCUCAUCGGAGCCAUCGAUGCCAGCAUUGUCAAUUGCAAAGAUGACAAAGGAAGAACGCCCCUUCACGCAGCAGCCUUUGCGGAUCACGUGGAGUGCCUCCAGCUCCUCCUGAGUCACAGCGCACAGGUGGAUGCUGCGGAUCACGCAGGGAAAACACCUCUCAUGAUGGCAGCUCAAAACGGUCAUGUAGGUGCUGUAGACUUCUUGGUGAACAUUGCCAAGGCUGACCUGACAUUAAAAGAUAAGGAGUUGAAUACAUCUUUGCACUUGGCUAGCAGUAAAAGUCAUGAAAAAUGUGCCUUGUUAAUACUUGACAAGAUACAAGAACAGAGCCUUAUUAAUGCAAAAAAUAGUGCAUUGCAGACACCUCUCCAUAUUGCUGCACGAAAUGGCUUAAAGAUGGUGGUUGAAGAGUUGCUAGCCAAAGGGGCAUGUGUCUUAGCAGUAGAUGAAAAUGUUUCUAGGUCAAACGGACCACGACCCUACUCUGCAAGAGAUGUACAAAAGGACGAAUGAGACUUUGUAAACAAAAAACAAAAAAUAAACAAAAAGCUAUCAUGAACUAACCAGCUGUACCAAGAGGACCAAAAUGCUUCAGUAAUUAAAUGGAAGACUUUGCUACUUUUAUUUUUUCUUCAAAUGUGAGUGACAUAAUGAAGUAGUUUUUCUAAACCAUAAAAAUAUAAACUUUUGAGGUAAUGAGUAGUCUUGAGUGAAUUUUACAUUUUAUGAUGCAGGUUUCAAGUUGACAUUUGUAACUGAUGAUGUGUUGACCACAGUUUGGGGUUUUUUCCAGACUAAAGAAUAUGUUCACACACUUUUAAUGUAAAUGUGUUUAUAUUUAUUUGAAAUGAAACAAAUGCCCAGGAAAAAAUAACUAUGGCU